AUGGGUACCCCGAAUCAAGAUGUACAACUGUCAAAAGGUAUUUUGGAAAUGAAAUUCAUGAAAAAAACUAAAGAAAAGGUUGAAAAAGAACUGGACGACAAAGAGGGGCAAACCAUGUAUUCUAACGAAAUCACGGAAGAAAUGAGACGUACUGGAAACCUAGUUUUCAUAACAACGAGUAUAGUUAAUUGUAAAAAUUUGAUAGAUGGUAGAUUGUCGUUUGGAGGCAUGAAUCAAGACAUAGAAAAACUUAUGGCUAAUGACUAUGCAAAGAUACUAGAACAAGAAGAGAAAAGGAAAGAAAAGGAUGUAACAGAUGUUGAAAUGGCUAAAGGAUACUCUACAUUAGUAGACAACAUGUCAAAAAAGUUUAAGAACAAAAAAUCAAAAAAUAAGAACAAAUUUUUGAAACCAUCUACGAAUGAAGUUCUAAUGGAAUAA